CGAAUAACAUGCUCAGUUGACAAUCACAUAUGAAGACGUGAGAGACUGCGAGAAUUUCUCUGCAGCAACAAAUAGACUCCGAAAUAUAAACCUGUAUUUCGCAAAUAGGUGCAGGAGGUCGAGAAGUGGCAUCAUGGACGUGUCCAGCCACAGCCUGUUCCUCCUGCAGCAGCUCAACGUCCAGAGGGAGUUCGGCUUCCUGUGUGACUGUACUGUCGCCAUUGGCAACGUGUACUUCAAGGCCCACCGGGCCGUCCUGGCUGCCUUCUCCAACUACUUCAAGAUGAUCUUCAUUCAUCAGUCAAGCGAGUGCAUUAAAAUCCAGCCCACGGACAUCCAGCCGGAUGUGUUCAGCUACCUGCUCCACAUCAUGUACACUGGCAUGGGCCCCAAGCAGCCAGUGGACCAGGGCCGCCUACAGGAGGGCAUCAAGUUUCUCCAUGCCUACCAGCUGUGCCGUAACCCCGAUGAGGGUUCCCCCGAUGUUGGCGACCUGGUCCGUAUGUCCAACCUGUACGGUAUUCAGAUUUCAUCCCAGUUGGCCAACAAAGAGGGUACUGAGGGCCCUAAAGGUAGUGCAGGGGCCCGAGGAGGAGGCGGCCCGGAGGACGGGCGUUCGUCCACCCUGGCGGGCCGCUCCCACGCCGCACAGUUCUCGAUGACCGUGGGGAUGGAGGGCCUCCCCUCCUCGGACCGUCAGCCCUUCUCUGGUCUCCUCCAUGGCGUCUCCUCAGUGGCUUCCGGCGACGACUCAGACAUCUCGACACGCAUCAAGCAGGAGAGGAUGGAGGAAGGGGAGGGAAAGGAGGGCCACCAGGUGCUGGGAAGGGUAGGGUCUCCAACAUCUCCCUCAGCCCAGGGUGGCAGCCCCUGCCAGGGCCUCCUGUUCAAGGAUGGACCUCUGGUGCUGCUGUGCCCUCGCUGUGGCGAGCGCUGCUCUUCCCCCGAGGGGCUCCGCAAGCACCUGUUCAGCCAUGCCGCCUGUUCCCUGGAUCCCAGUGGACUAAUGGAGGACCUCUCCCAGGGCAGGGUAGGGGACCCGGAGGGCCUUGAGGACAAGCAGCAACGUGGGGCCCCCCAGGAUCAGCUAGAUGCAGGCUGCUUAGAGGAGGCCCUGCGGCAGAGCCAGGCCCUAGCUAAUGAGCUAGCUGCUGAGCUAAGUUGGAGCAGGGGCGGUAUAGCCAUUGGCACUAGUCCACCCCCCACCACCACCUCCAGUACCAGUCACGCACGAAAGCGCAAGAUCGCUUGUGCUGUGUGCAGCUUGCGCUUCGCCCAGAAGAGCCAGCUGCAGGAGCACAUGUAUACUCACACGGGCAAGCCGUCACGCUACCACCGCUACAGCCGCCUUUGCAGCCAGCUCAUCCACGCCUCCGGACACUUCUGCGAGGGGCCACCGGAGGGCGGUGUUGGGGUGGCAGCAAGCACCACAGUAAUGUUGACGGAGGAGUCCAACAGGGAAGCUCAGGACAAUGGCAGCUCCUGCUAUUCGCUAGACUCUGAGAUCUCACAAGAGAGCGUGGAUGCCGUCACUGUGGAAUGAAAGUGAUAAAAAAAAACUGAGUUCCAAAUAUUUUUUCUUAUUCUUAAUUCCCGAUAGUACCUCCUGUUUCAGUUUGUUUCUUUGGUUUGAUUCCUACUGAACAUGACCUUGUUUCAGUUAUAGGGAUUCCUUACAUUUUGUCAUUAUCCUUCCACUUAUCUGCUUAUAUCCUGUCUUUUGUCAAUACUGUCAUCUUUCUGUUGGUUAGAUGAAACCCUGUGAUGUGAUUCCAGUGUAAACCUUAUCUAAUUUUAUUCAGUGAAUGUCUGAAUAGAAUAGAACAUUGUUUUUACAUGAUACUUGUGUUCUCUCUCUGUUGUCAUAUGUUACCAGCUGAUAUUGAUUGGAGUUGAGCAAAUACUAUGUAUCUGCAUUUAUUUCUGAGAAUUUGCACUUUCCGAAAUAAGUAGUUGUUGAAACAGGUAUAGUACCAGUCAAAAGUUUGGAUACACCUACUCAUUCCAAGGUUUUUCUUUAUUUUUACUAUUUUCUACAUUGUAGAAUAAUAGUGAAGACAACAAAAAUGUGAGAAUAAUACAUGGGAUUAUGUAGUAACCCAAAAAGUGCCUUUAUGACGGCUUUCCAUUCUCUCAACCAGCUUCAUGAGGUAGUCACCUGGAAUGCAUUUCAAUUAACAGGUGUGCUUUGUUAAAAGGUCAUUUG